AAAGGCUGACAAAAAAUGACGUUUAUUGUCAAAAGUGCAUUUUGUAGAAAUGAAUGAAUUUCGUUCGCUCGGGUUCGUUCUACUUCUAUUCUUCAUUGAAAUGAGUGCAGUUUAUUUAUUUAGAAUGUAAAAUGUUGAGAAGCUGUUGGCAUUCGUCAUUUCUGUCGAUCGGCAUAUUGUAAUUUAUGUGUUUAGAUGUGUGGCAUUAUAGAAUGUUAUUAAGGUAUAUUUGACAAUAUUUGGUAAAGUUUAAUAAUGGGUAACCAAAACAGUUGCUGUUGUUAUCGAAGCCCAUCCCCCAUCAGAAAAGAUAUCGUCAAGCUAGAAGAUUACCUUCCUGAGGGUGAAGUGAGCUCAAAUAACAUUCAGCACAUCAGUGAAAGAGAACCUGAUGAUGGAGACAUCGAUCCAUCGCAAGAUCCUAUCGCAGGAACUAUAUUUAUGGAACGAUCAAAAGCAUCCAUUGAAAAUGGUAUUACCAGAAAACGUAGUCAACAUCAAAUAGCUGAGAAUAAGCUAAAGAAAAGCAGUUCUUGUUCCACAAUCUAUUUAGAUGAUAGCACUGUAUCUCAACCAAACCUGAAAAACACAGUCAAAUGUGUGGCACUGGCCAUUUACUACCAUAUAAAAAAUAGAACAUCAGAAAGGAGGUUAGAUAUUUUUGAUGAACGGUUACAUCCUUUGAGCAAAGAUGGAGUGAGUGAUGAUUAUGAUAAGUAUAACCCUGAGCAUAAGCAGAUUUACAAAUUUGUAAGAACUUUGUUUAAUGCUGCUCAAUUAACUGCAGAGUGUGCUAUCAUUACAUUGGUUUACCUAGAGAGAUUAUUAAUUUGUGCAGAGCUUGACAUAGCUCCCUCAAACUGGAAGAGAAUAGUUUUGGGAGCAAUCUUGUUGGCAAGCAAGGUGUGGGAUGAUCAGGCUGUUUGGAAUGUAGACUACUGCCAAAUUCUGAAGGAUAUAACAGUUGAGGAUAUGAAUGAAUUGGAGAGACAGUUCCUAGAGAUGUUGCAGUUUAACAUAAAUGUCCCAUCCAGUGUUUAUGCCAAGUAUUACUUUGAUCUCCGAACCCUUGCUGAGGCCAAUGACCUAGCAUUCCCUAGUGAGCCACUUAGCAAAGAAAGAGCACAAAAGUUGGAGGCUAUGUCUAGGGUAAUGGAAGAUAAGAUCAAUGCAGAAGUUCUUAAAAAUGGUUUCAAAAAGUGGUCAAGUUUGGAUAAUGUCAACUCCGGAGCUGGUGUGCGAAGGAGUGUGGCCAUAUUGUCAUAAUUUAUUAGUCAUAAAUGAGCCAAACUUUGAUCCAAAUUGAAUUCACAAAUUACCUCAUAUGGUACAUUUGUGUAUUUUAUAUAACAAUGUCUUUAAAAAUGCACCAGAUUAAGAUUUAAUUUAGUUGAUAUUAUGCUUUAUUUUCAGUGAAGAAUAUAAACUGCCAGUUUUGCCUUGAAAUCUCCAUUGAAUCCCAUGAGUCUUAAGCAAUGUCAAUUUUUAGUAUUUAGCAUUUAAGUCAUAAGCAAUUCAUAAUGAUUAUUUUCAUGUCUAUUUAGAAAUGCUAAAAAUUGGCAGAUAGACUUCGGUAUAAUUAUUUUAAAAUAUAUAAUCAGAUUUAAUUGAAUACUAAUUGUAGUUAUUAAAUAUGAAAGCCUUUUGUGGUCCAAUGCAAAACAAGCUAAGUUGCUACUUAGAUGUCUAUUUCUUUAAUUCUAUUCCUUUAUUGCUUCCAAUUUAUUUUAUCAUUUUACUUAGAUGAACUUAUUUGAAGCACUAAUAUAUAGGUUGCUUCCAAACUUAUAACUAUAGGUAUUAGUGUAAAACUAGCUGUAUAAAUGUGGAACUAAAAUUUUGACUGAUGUAAGGAUCUUGUGAUUGUGUAUGUAUGUUAAAGGUAGUCAGCAGCUCAUUUGUAUAAUUUUACAUAAUAACUGCAUUUAGAAUUCUGAGCUAGUUAAGAAAUUAUGCCAAAUUGUUAUUUUAUUGUAACAAAUUAUAUUUGACAGACAACGCUCAGUUUAUAUUGAAUUGUUUAUACUGUAUAAUUAUUUUAAUCUUGAACAAUAUAAAUUAAUUAAAAAUAUCAUUAUUUAGAAUUCAAUCAUCUAUUCAAUCCAUACUUUAUGUAUCUUUAAUGUCAUAAGGGAAAACAAAUAAACAUUUUAUAUGAGACUUUAAAUGAUUUUUUAAUUAUUUUUUUUACAAUAAUGGUUUUAUCUACAAACUUGAACUAUGGUAGAUG